CAUGGAUUUGAAAUGUCGGGGUCCUCGGAAAGACGUUAGCAGUGCGUCUGUUUGAUCCAAAGCGCAAACGAGUGUUUCUUUAAGUGCGUGUGUGGAGUUUUCCUGCACCGAGUGAUAGGAGGGGUUGGAGAGUGACGCUGGCUGCGCCUUGGUGCUGAGCGGAGCGCUCACCUGCAGAUGAGAGAGCCGGGGAAACUCGGGGCAGCACACUCACUAAGCGCGCAGAGGGACGUAACUAACAGUCUGACCGAGAAAGAGGGAAUAAUUUUUGGAAAAGAAAAAUACGAACCGACCCUCUUUCUGGUUCUUUUGUCCGGGCAGCAUUGAGUCGCUUCCUCGCCACGAUGAGAACUGACUUCGCUCUGGUCCUGACAGCAGCCCUUCUUCUUGACACAUUCUGGAGGAAUAAUGGGGUGCACGCUUCCAAAGGUCCCUGCCAACCUGGCUUCUCACAAAGCUUCUACUCUGUGCUGAUUUCAAGGGAUGUACUGCAAGGUCAGGGCAUACUUAAAGAUACUACUGUCUCAUCCCAGAAAGUGAAGUUUGACGACUGCAUGGGAAAUGAAGGUGUGGUCUUCCAGAGCAGCAACCCCCUCUUUGGCGUGCGGACAGAUGGAUCCAUCUUUGCCCAACGAGAGGGAGCCAACCUAGAUGAACCUGUCCAGUUGAAACUGACAGCAAGUGGUCCGCACGCACAUGUCUGGGAGACUAUGGUGCAGUUGGCACUGAUUGACCUACCAUCAUCCCAACAAACUGAAAAUGAGGUCACAGAGAAUGAAAAGAAAGUUGCUGGGAGAAAAGAGAAGAAGGAGGCGGUACAAACACCACCUCCUGUCAUCAUGUUCCCAGGGUCCGGUCGCAAUAUCACCAAGGGUCUACGAAGACAGAAGAGGGACUGGGUAAUCCCACCAAUCAAUGUGGCUGAAAAUUCUCGAGGACCGUUCCCUCAGAUGCUUGUCAGCAUUCGUUCCGACCAGGACCAGGACAUCUCAAUCCGGUACAGCAUCACUGGGGUGGGAGCAGAUCAACCACCAAAUGAAGUAUUCAGUAUCGACCCUGUGCUUGGAAAGAUGUUUGUCACCAAACCUCUUGAUCGAGAACAUCGCUCUUCAUAUCACCUGCGAGCCCAUGCUGUGGACAUGAACGGCAACCAGGUUGAGAACCCUAUCGAUCUGUACAUCUUUGUCAUCGAUAUGAAUGACAACAGACCCGAGUUCAAAAACCAGGUCUACAAUGGCUCUGUGGAUGAAGGCUCGAAACCAGGAACAUAUGUGAUGCAUCUGUCAGCAUUUGAUGCAGAUGACAACACCACAGCUAAUGGAAUGGUGCGCUACCGGAUCCUGUCCCAGACGCCGCACAGCCCGAUCCCUAACAUGUUUACCAUCAACAGCGAGACUGGAGACAUCGUGACAGUGGCGCCUGGUCUUGAUCGAGAGAAAGUGUCCCAGUAUACCAUUAUCGUGCAGGCCACGGACAUGGAGGGCAACCUGAACUUUGGCCUUUCCAACACAGCCACUGCCAUCAUCACUGUCACGGACAUCAAUGACAACCCUCCCAUGCUGACCUCCAGAACUUUUUCUGGAGAGGUCCCCGAGAACCGUGUAGAUGUCGUUGUGGCUAACCUGACGGUUAUAGAUGCUGAUCAACCGCACUCCCCUAAUUGGAAUGCCAUCUACAGGAUCAUCAGCGGAGACCCAUCUGGGCAUUUUACCAUCCGCACCGACCCGAUUUCAAAUGAUGGCAUGGUCACCGUGGUGAAGCCGGUAGACUUUGAGAUGAACCGUGCCUUCAUGCUGACGGUAGUGGUGUCCAACCAGGCCCACCUGGCCACUGGCAUCCAGUCCUCACUCCAGUCCACGGCUGGGGUCACCAUAUCUGUGCAGGAUGUAAACGAACCUCCUUACUUCCCCACAAACCCAAAACACAUCCGCUUUGAGGAAGGUGUCCCUGCUGGCACCAGCCUGACGACCUUCUCGGCGUCAGAUCCCGACCGACUUCAGAUGCAGCAGAUAAUCAGGUAUUCAAAGCUGAACGACCCAGCAGACUGGCUGUCCAUCAAUAGAAGCAACGGUCAGAUAGUAACCACAGCAAUGCUCGACCGGGAGUCUGUCUAUGUAAAAAACAACAUAUAUGAAGCCACAUUUCUGGCAACAGACAAUGGCUCUCCUGCAGCCAGCGGCACAGGCACACUGCAGAUCUAUCUGAUAGAUAUUAAUGACAACCCCCCAGCACUCAUACCCAAAGAGUCUCAGAUCUGUGAAAGGACGUACAGGAGCAUCAACGGUGUCAACAUCACUGCCGCUGAUGCCGACACAGACCCCAACGCUGGACCUUUUGUCUUCGAGUUGCCCACGUUUCCCACCACCAUCCGACGUAACUGGACAAUUUCUAGGAUCAGCGGUGAUUUUGCCCGUUUGAGUCUGCGGUAUCAAAUAUAUUUAGAGCCUGGAGUGUAUGAAGUCCCUGUAAUCGUGUCAGACUCCGGGAACCCUCCAUUGUCCAACAGGUCAGUCAUCAAAGUUAAGGUGUGUCCCUGCGAUGAAAACGGAGAUUGCACCACCCUCGGGGCCGUGGCAGCUGCUGGCCUUGGAACUGGAGCCAUCAUCUCCAUCCUCAUCUGCAUUAUCAUACUACUCAGCAUGGUGCUGUUGUUUGUGGUGUGGAUCAAGCGCAGAGAGAAGGAGAGGCAGACAAAGCAACUGCUCAUUGACCCUGAAGAUGAUGUCAGGGACAACAUCCUCAAGUAUGAUGAAGAGGGAGGAGGAGAAGAGGACCAGGACUAUGACUUAAGCCAGCUGCAGCAGCCCGACUCCUUGGAGCACAUCAUCAGCAAGCCGCCUGGUGUCCGCAGGGUGGAUGAGCGUCCGAUCAUCCCAGAGUCCCAGUAUCCGAUCAGACCUGUUGUUCCCCACCCCGGAGACAUCGGAGACUUCAUCCAUGAGGGACUGAGAGCAGCAGACAACGAUCCUACGGCUCCUCCAUACGACUCCUUGCUGGUGUUUGACUACGAGGGUAGCGGCUCCACCGCUGGCUCUGUCAGCUCCCUCAACUCCUCCAGCACAGGAGACCAGGACUAUGACUACCUCAAUGACUGGGGCCCCCGAUUUAAGAAGCUGGCUGACAUGUACGGAGGAGGGGAUGAUGAUUAAAUUUGCCCAGUCGCACGCGUACACACAUACACACACACGCAAACACACAUCCUUGUCCCGUCAGCUGGCCUGCCAUGCUCUGACCCCUAAAACAAGGGGCUAUUACAUCCUUAUUGAACACAAGAUAACAAGGACAUGUUCACACUGACCAACGGACUGACCAACCAACCAAUCAAAUUGCCCACCACAGAGGACCAGCGCCAUGAGUCAGUUUCGGGUGCUCUUCUCAACCGUCUCCUGCUCUAAGCCUGUCUGUGACUGAAAUGGAAGCUCUGAUUUUUCAGACUUCUCAUUAAUUUUCAAACUGUUGUGCUUUUGUUCCAUUUGAAUGUUAUAUGCUAGAUUUAGGUUUAAGUUCCUCUUGUCAGAUUUUCAUUUUUUUACCUAUGUUUGUGUAGCCUUUUAUUUUUAUUUAUUUUUUUAUAUCCUCACCCCUCUUCGAUUCAAGCUGUUCCCUAUUCCCGAGGGUCAUCGCUUUUCCCUCGCUGUCAGCCCCCGCCCGACUCUCUGAAGAAGCUUUAGGUUCGAGCUGCUUGCUUUGUCUGAAGCAAACAAAGGAUAAGAAAAGGAGAACAAGAACAUCGAUAUGAAAGUCCUUCCUGCACGAAGGGCCUCGGUUUAUUCUUUCUUGAACUUGAAUUACUUAGAACAGAAGCACUGUUGUUUAAAAAAGUGCCUUCAGUGGUGCGUAUUUUAGCUGACUCCCGCUAACUCAGGAUUGGUUGCCAUUCUCUGGACUUACACGCCCCCAUAUGACCCCCUGACCCUUUAAUUCACACCUCCCUUGUCAUUUCUCCCGUUGUGCAGGGCUGUGGUAGCUGCGGGAGAUCUCAGUACUGGUUUCAGAGGAGUGGUGACUGGCCAACGAGGGCGCUUUAUGCUAGACGUACUGUACAUAGGCCUACAGUGUGUCUGUAACUUAUGGACAAAUCAUUAAUUUUUCAAGUCAGGCAUAUCUGUGCUCCUAGAUCACAGCCAACUUGAAUGUGAUGAAUUAAAUCACAAAAAUACAUAACAGGACUGUCUUAGAGAAGAAAUGCAUUAUGUGUCUUUGUUUAUCGUGGCUUCAAUAGCAGCUGUGUUUGUUUUGAGCUCCGUGCGUUUGCAGCGAAAACUCGAUACGGCUUGUUACUAAAUUUGAAGAUUGACAAGUCACACGUGUUACCUCUGUAAUGUUUAACUAUGUAUGUACAGGUGAGGGUUAUUUAGGAAAAUGAAGGUAUUUAACAUGAUUCUGCCUUUAGGAUAACUUAAAGUCUGCGUGUUUAUGUGCAUCCAAAUCCCAAAAGGUUGAUUCUUUUCAUCUGGACGUAGCGUUUCAGUGGGAGAACCGUUUCGUCACUUAGAUGCAAGAUAUUUGCGUCUAAAGGUAAUAACAUGGCACCAGUUAUCAUGCAGUAAAAGCGCCACAGAAACUAUAUUAAAUGUACAUUUAUGAAGAAACUACCAGAUAACUUUAAAUAGCUCUGAUAGCAUUACUUACAGAACAGUUAUCUUGUCCAGGCCCCAUUCUGAGUCCCUCUGUCUCCCUUUUUUUCAUUAUCCGUCUGUUGACUCACUGUUGUUUCUCAACAAACUUUUAAUAUACAAACUCUGGUGCUGGUCCCUGUCAGAGAAACUGUGGGAAUUGAGCCUCAGCCAGGGACUUAGUGCCUUCACAAUCUGUCUCUUUUCAGGCAGCGUUUCAUUCAUCUGAAAUUUUCUCCUAAAAUUUUUGGCUUUGAGUUCAAGAGGUUUUUAAAAAGAAGUUAGUAGAAGGGAAAGUAUAAGAAAUUCUGCACUUUAUCAAAGCAGAAAAAGCUAAACUAAAGCUUCAGUAAUAACGUUUUUCUAUGAGACAGACAUUUUGAAAGGCAGUUUUUGUUGUGACUUAAUGAAAAAGCAGCGCUACCCGUGGGUUUUUGUAAUCAUAUUUCAGGGCAGUGUAAAGAGA